AGGCUUGGCCCUGGGGAAACACAGCGGGCGGCCUCCCUAGGACUCAUUAGAAAAUGUCUUAUAUACGCGUCGAGGUACGGCCUAUUCUACUUUCCAAUGGGUAACGGGCGAGAAAAGAUGAACGAAGCAAACCCACGCCUGGAUGAUGUUGAUACGAACCCGCUGAGGCACAUAUUCGUACCUGCGUCAUUGAGUUUCAUCAAGCCAUUAGCGUUGUACCAAAAGAUCUCGACUGUUCAAUGCAUCACGGGUGGUGGUACUGUGCAGUUUGAUCUGGGCUUGCACAUCGACAUGAAAUGUGGCAAGGACCAGAGAUACACAUCACCACCCAUACAGCGAAUCCCACCUGAACUGCUGAUGGAAAUCUUCCUAUGGGCCAGAACGCAAUAUGAUUCGCUCGACUUGGCUGACACCCACAGUCUACCGUGGACACUCAGUCAAGUCUGCAGUUCUUGGCGAGCAACAGCCAUGUCGUUGCCCGAAAUCUGGACAAACUUUACCCUUAAUCCAUCCCGUCUCAUUUGGAAACGCCAGCCCCUCUCGCUUCUCACCGCCGUCGUCACUCGUUGUCGUCAUAACCUUAAUUUUACGUGGAGAGACUUGGCUAUUGAUGGCGGUUCAGACGGGGAGCAUCUACUCCAGGCGUUAUUCCAGGUGUUAAUAUCUUGUUCCGAUUCGUGGAAAGUUGUCCAACUGGAAUUGCCAUUCCAGCUUAUACCUAUGCUCUCUCAACUUCAUGGACGUCUGUCGUCCUUGACGGAUCUUCAUUUUUCAUGCUACUCUUCCAGCGUGGACACCAUAGAAGGAUUCGAGAUUGCUCCACGUUUAACCAACGUGAAGAUUCGCGGCUUGGGACCAUAUACACGAUUCGCCUUUCCGUGGAGGAACCUCGUCCAUUAUUGCGAUCACCGCAUUCCAGAAGGUAGAGCCUUUGAUCUAGACAUACUCAACAAAGCGCUCCGUCUUGAGGCGUUCGAAAGUAACGUUCGACAGCAAAUCCUUUCCGUACCCGUUCCUGUAUUCCACGACAGUUUGACGCGUCUCAAUGUGCGCGAUAGCAGUUUCCUUGAUAGCUUGACGCUUCCCGCACUAAGGGAGAUCACUCUGCGACCCUACAUCGUAGUUGAGACACGCAUGGAUGCUAUCCUCCCUGCCCUCCUUGGGCUGAUCACCCGCUCCAAGUGUUUCCUGCAUCGUCUGUCUGUGUAUGAUGCAGCCCCAGACUCGGACCUGGUGCAUAUCCUUGAAUUAUCGCCCGAGCUCGAGUCUCUUAGCCUAAAUAUCCCUCGUUGCCGGGAUCCGUCCAGCGUCCAUCUGAAGUCCCUUAUGAGCCGUCUGCAGGGUGCGCUGGUGAGUCGGUUGGGAACGCUAGCGAUCAAUCGCUAUGAUCGGGACACAAGUGAAGCGAUGGUGUUUUUGGACGAGGUUUUCGUGGAGAUGAUUGCAGAGAGGCAUGCGAAGAGGGUAUUGCGUGCGGUAAGAUUCGACGUAUGGGUCCCAGAGGCAGGAUCGUACAAAUGUCCGUUAUCAGAGCGGAAUGUUAGGCGGCUAAAGGAAUUUCAGGCCGAGGGAUUGGAGCUAUGUAUCCGGGCAAAUGAUUUUGGAGCAUCAAAGAGGUAUGUCACAAUGGUUAAUCUUAGGCGAUGUGGCCCCCGUGUGUGAACCGUUACAUGAAAAGAAAAGAACCAGGAUUCUGGAAAAAAAAAACUCGAGACUUCCAUUCAUUCAAGCAAUUGUGAUAUGUGAAACGAUGAACUGAGUGGGGCUUUCAAGUUCGCGAUCACAAGGCAUGUUCCGGAGAAAGUGAACGCUGUCAAACCCAAUACUACCUCGUUCUUCUCACGACGUUGCUUCCCUCAGCAUCGGAUAUCCACCAGAAAUAGGCUCAGAAAAUGAAGUACAGAGUCGUGCCCGAGAACGCGUGAUAAACUAACAACCAUAAGUAGGUGUGGCUACUUAUCUCACCCACCCAACAAGAUAUCCAUGCUUGGUCUGCAAGGGAUCGCUCU